CCCCGAAAGCCUCCCUCCCGCUCCUUAUCCAUUCAAAGCCUUACCAAAACCCUGGCGAGGCACAUGUCGUAGAUGCCGCCGGUAGCGGUUGGGUGAUUGAUUGGAACCGACGCCUUUUUUUGCAGCGGCAGAUCAGCAGCGACUUCCUUGGCAAUCUUGGGCUGGGCGGCGAGGAAGGCUAGGCGCGAGACUCGAUGCAACGCCUCUUUCGCGAUCGAUGCUCCCACACAAAAUGUUUGCAGGGCGCCAGAAAGCUGUAUCAAACCACCACUACUCGGCUCAGCUCCAGCUCGCAUUAGGGAACGCACCUGGGCGCCACAAGUCAAAGGCUUGAGUAGCGCGGGCAACACACCGCGCCGAAGCCGCGGCCUUGCCUUGGACUCUGUUGCGCGGUCUCCUCGCCGCGACGCAGCGCUUGGAGCACCGUGUGUGGCUUAUAGACUUAGCGCCGUCUACAACGCAGUGAGCUAGGCGAAAACAGCGUCGCUGCUGCCGGGCUCGGGCUCGGCGGGUCGCAUAAUGGCACCUCCUGUAUUGCUUUACGACCUGCACGUCUACAAGCCGCCGGCAGAGUUCAAGGUGGACCAGUCGGCCAUCGUGCAGCUGUGGCGGGACACGCAGCGCUACAGCCCUGAGGAAAUCGACUUCCAGGAGCGCGUGUUCGCGCGGAGCGGCCUGGCGCCGUGCGGCACACACCUCCCGCCCAACCUCAACCCCGCAUGCGUGGGCAACGACGCCGCCACUGACCUCGACUCCGCCGCCGCCGAGUGCCGACUGGCGGUGUGCGGCGCGGUGGAGGGGCUGCUGGAAAAGACUGGCCUGCGGCCCAAGGACAUCGACAUCCUGGUCACCACCUGCUCCAUCUACUGCCCCACGCCCUCCAUGGCUUCCAUGGUGGUCAACGCCUUCGGCAUGCGCAAGGACGUCCAGGCCUACCACCUGGGCGGCAUGGGCUGCGCCAACGGCGUCGUGGGCAUCAACCUGGUGGCCGACCUGCUCAAGACUGGCCUGCGGCCCAAGGACAUCGACAUCCUGGUCACCACCUGCUCCAUCUACUGCCCCACGCCCUCCAUGGCUUCCAUGGUGGUCAACGCCUUCGGCAUGCGCAAGGACGUCCAGGCCUACCACCUGGGCGGCAUGGGCUGCGCCAACGGCGUCGUGGGCAUCAACCUGGUGGCCGACCUGCUCAAGGCCCACCCCAACAGCACCGCCCUGUUCGUCUGCACCGAGACCACCACACCCGCCUACUACCGAGGCAAUGAAAGGCACCGGCUGGUGACCAACCUGCUGUUCCGCAUGGGCGGCGCCGCCGUGUGCCUCACCAACAAGCCCGGCCUGCGGGCGCGAGCCAAGUACGAGCUGCUUCACCGAGUGCGUGUGCACUGCGGCCAGAGCGACCAGGCGCUCAGCGCCAUCCACUACGGCCCGGACGCUGCGGGCCACAACGGCAUCUUCCUGGGCAAGAACGUGGUCAGCCAGGCCAGCAGGGCGCUGGGGCUGGCCAUGACGCAGGUGGCCCCUCGUAUCCUCACCUGGAGCCAGUUGGCGGCGGCCGCACUGCACAUGCUCCAGCAGCGCCGCCGCCGCGUUGCCGUGGGCGGCGCCGCCAGCCACCGGGAUGGCAGUAGCAGCAGCAGCGGCAGUGGCAGCGGCAGUAGCAGCAGCGGCAGCAGUAGCAGCACUCAUGGCGCCCCACCAGUGGCGUCGGCUGCAUCAGCCAAGCAGGCGGGCGCGGCGACGCAACCGCCCGCGGCUACUGCCAGCCUCGGUCCGUUGCGAACGCCGUCGUCGGAGCGCGACGGCAGUAGCUGCGGCUCGGGCGGCAGUAGCAGCGGCGGCAGCAGCGAUGAGGGGGGCGACGGCGGCAGCUCCAGUCCCACCAGCAGCACCAGCGUGCCGCAGUCUCGCCCGAGUGACGAGCAGCGCUCGGCCUCACCGAGCACUGCUGCGUGUGCUACUGCCGGUGCUGCAGCAGCAGCCGCUACUGCUACUGCGGGUGCUGCGGCCGCCGAUGGCUCCAACAAGCAGCAGCAACAGCAACAGCAACAGAAGCAGGGCCCCCAGGAGGCCUCUCAGGGUUCAGACCAACACCAACACCAGCACCAGCACCAGUACCGGCCCAACUUCCAGCACUCCACCUGCCGCCACUUCCUGCUGCACGCCGGCGGCGCUAAGGUGCUGGACGGGCUGGGGGAGGCGCUGCAGCUGGAUGCCAGCCGCCUGGGCCCCAGCCGCGCCGUACUGCACGACUACGGCAACGUCAGCAGCAGCACGACCUGGUACACCCUGGCGCACGUGGAGACGGUGGGCGGCGUGCGGCGCGGCGAGCGGGUGCUGCAGGUGGGCGUGGGCAGCGGCAUCAAGUGCGGCGUCAACGUGUGGAAGGCGCUGCGCGACGUGCGCGAGGUGCACCCCGCCUGGGAGCACCGCCUGCCGCCCGCCGAGACCACCGCGCUGCGGCUGGCGGCGUCGGUGGACCUGCGCGGGCUGGGCAGCAGGCACGUGGCGGGGCGGGCGCUGUUCGCGGUGGUGAUGGUGCUGGCGGCGGCGCUGAUGCACGCCGUGAUGCUGAGGCUGGCGGCGGCGGGGCUGGCGGUGUGAGGGAGAGCCGGAGGGGGUUUGGGUUUGGGUUUGGGUGUGUGGGUAUGGUGGGGAAGUGGGUGGGGGUGGGGGCGUGGUUGGGGUGGGGGGCGGGGCAGGGUGUGUGGUGGUAGGUGGGGAAGAUUGGGAGGUUGGACUAGGGGGGGUUGGAAGGUGUAUGAAAGGCGGCAGCGGAGGGCAGGGGAUGGGGCGCACGGAAGGGUGAUUGAUGAUGGCGGGUGGUGGUGGGUGGUGGUGUGGCGGGAGCUGGAGGCGAAUGGACGGACAGUGUAUUACUCAGGGGCUGGUGUGAUGUGGAGGCGGUGUUGAGUUGAGGUCGUUGACCUGAUCCCACUGAUUGUUGACCGGCCGUGGAUUCGGAACGGAGCAGCGUGGGCCAACGCACACCACGCACAUGCGCCUGCGGUUGACAGUUGGCGCAGGACGCACAGUUGGGGCAGGAGGAGGGGACCGUGUUGGACAAAUGAAGAAUCUUGGAUGGUGGAGGUGGGCAGGACUAUGUUGAGGACGGUAAGGGACGCGCUUCUCUUAGUUGGCCUUUCAAUUUAAGAUGGGCAUGGCGGCCGGGUGGGGGAGGCACGAUGAAUUUGGGCUGAAGCUGCUGUGUCCCCACCUGUCCGUGAUGCUUGGCUGCAAUGUGAUGAUGAGGGGCGGCAACAGAAUGGCACUCGCAACACACCGUGGCAUUGCUUGGACACCCAACGUAUGCGGCAAUCCCACUUGCCUCCUAGGGAGAAGCGCGGCGAUGGCAAGUGCGCAAAGUGUUGGGGUGUCCGUUGUUGCUGACAUGUUGGAUUGUUGGUGCCAUAUAAGGUGCAAUGAGACACAGCCGCCAGAGGUGGAAUGACGUCAGUGCCGAGAGGGAUACCGGCGAGGCGGGCUAGGGGCAAGUGCAUUCCAGUGAAUUCGAAGCAUGAGCAGGCACAGGGGGCACUCCCCCGAGGGGGCCUAUGGCCUAGCACCCUUGGUUCUACUGCGGCGGAUUUGUUGAUUUCAUCGUUGCACGUCGUCGCGCUGCUACGCAUGCCACUGCUGGCACCUGGAGAGCGCUGGCAGAAUA